CUAGGUUGGUUUGGCAGGGCAAAGCUCUCCGAACAAAACCCAGAAGCAUGGAGUCCGGGUGCCCUGAGUUGCUGGAGCCCCCAGAAGAUAUCUUCUCAACAGGAUCCUUCCUGGAGCUGGGGCUCGACUGUCCUCCGUCAAAGGGCCUUCAGAAGAGCGAACCUGACGAUCUCUUGAACCUCUUCAUUGAUCCCAAUAUGGUAUACUGCUCAGAAGCAGCUCCUGGUAGUGACAGUGGUGUCUCAGAAGACCCUAGCUCCCCAGCCCGACAGGCGCCCGACUCCCCCGCCCUCUAUGAGGUUGUCUAUGAGGCAGGGGCCUUGCAGAGCACUCAGCAGGAAGCGGGGCCAACCUUCGGACUCAUCUCCAUCCAGAUAGAGCAGUGGAGCUCUGCAUUCAUGGCACCUGAGACCUGCUCGGUCAGUGGGCUACCCUCUGAGGCUCAUAGACACAUCCUGCCUCGAGCCAGCACUGGAGCCCCAGCAGCUCCUGACGCCCUGCUGUCCUGCCAACGUCUGUUCCUGACAGAUGAAGAGAAGCAUCUGCUGGGGCAAGAAGGGGUUUCUCUGCCCUCUCACCUGCCCCUCACUAAGGCAGAGGAACGAGUACUCAAGAAGGUCAGGAGGAAAAUCCGCAACAAGCAGUCAGCACAGGACAGCCGACGGCGGAAGAAAGAAUACAUAGGCGGGCUGGAGAGCAGAGUGGCAGCCUGUUCUGCACAGAAUCAGGAACUACAGAGAAAAGUCCAGGAGCUGGAGAGGCAGAACACCUCCUUGGUGGCACAGGUCCAUCAGUUACAGAUGCUCACUGCUCAGACCUCCAGCAGAGCUGCCCAGACCAGUACCUGUGUUCUGAUUCUCCUUUUUUCACUGGCUCUCAUCAUCCUACCCAGCUUCAGCCCCUUCCAGGGUCAACCAGAAGGCAGACCUAAGGCUUACCAGCCUCAUGGAGUGAUUUCCAGAAAUAUCUUGACUCACAAGGACAUGACAGAAAGCCCAGAGAUUCCAGCGGUGAAGUCCCAACUGGAGGGGGGACUGCCUGAAGUCCCAGCUGCAAAUGGCUCUAUGAAGACACAGUUAAAGCUGGGGACGAGGAACAGACCGACUGGGCAGAUCAGAGGGAUGCUGCAUGCGGAUGAGAUGUAAGCCUUUCCAAUCACACAAGAAUCCAGAGGCUUCCCUGACUAUUUCAUCUGGAAUUCCCGUUUAGGCGUCCAUACCCUGGAGUUCUAACUCACUCAAGAUUCCACAGAUCCACAGAGGACAGGCUGCUUAGAUGGCAGGGCUUCUCAUACACUUCUCUCCUAUAUUUGUGGUUUCUUCUUUGGGGAUGGAACUAA